UAUGGAUACUUACUGCCCCAAAGAGGUUAUUUCUACUGCCACUCCUAUUGUUAACAUUGAAUGCAACGAUGCGUUCCAGCUACUUAGUGAGAAGGAGAAGAAGUUUUGUUACUACUUUUCAAAGGCUUGCUGGGCUGGAUAUAAAGUCUGCACUUUUGAAAGAUCUUACGAAUCCCCUGCUCUGUUGGUUUUAAUCAAAAUUAUGUUUGGAUCUGGUACUAAGGAUACAAAGCAAAGAGCUGUUCAAGCAGGGCUAAGUCAAGAUGAAUGGGACCAACUGGUUGUGUAUUGCGCAUCUUGCUUAGCUAAUGCUGGAAAUUUUAAAAGCUUUGGAGAUACAAAGUUUGUUCCUGAGCUUCCAGAAGAUAAAUUCUAUACAGCCAUCACUUGCUCAUUUUUCUAUGAAGAAUACAAAGACAUUUGCGAUACUAUCUGGGAGAAGAUCAAGGAUUUAGUAUAUUCAGAGGAAGAUCCUCAUGCUAAAAUAGGAUUUUCAGACAAAGGAGGAUCCUCUGCCUAUUAUUCCUCAAACAUUACUAAGGAAGAUGCUGAGCUUGUUGAUAGAUUUAUCAGUAAUCAACCAGAAUUCAAGCAUGUAGUUACUCCUCUAAACACAAGAGUGCUGAAGAAUUCAGAUGGGUCAUUUGAAUUGAAGAUUCAUUCAACUAAAAGAACUCCAGAUGGGAAUUAUAUAAAAGAUCAUGAAUAUGAGGGAGUCAAAAUCAAAAUUGUCAGAGGCCAUCUUGAUUUUGUGUUUGAAGAUAUCGUAAAAAGUCUUCAGUUUGCGAAGUACUAUGUUCAAAAUGAUAGGCAAAAGACUAUCAUAGAUAAUUACAUAAAACAUUUCAUCACUGGAGAAGAGAGUUACUUCAGAGAAGCCAUGAUCAAUUGGGUGCAAGAUCAGAAUCCUCCAAUAGAGUUUGAGAUGGGUUUCCAGGAAACUUAUUUGGAUCCAUCUGGAAAUAGGGCUGAAUUCGAAGGCUUGUGUGCUAUAGUUGAUAAAUAAAGAAAGUCAACUUUAUACUACACUUGUUGAUAAUGCAGAGAAACUUUUAGAGUAUUUCCCUUGGAAUAAAGAUUUUGAAAAGGAAGUUUUUAAGAAACCUGAUUUCACUAGUUUAAAGCUGAUCACACAUGCUUCUUCAGGAGCACCAUUAGGUCAGAAUCUUCCAAACUAUGAUGAUAUUAGAGAUACACACGGAUUUAAAAAUUAUACCCUGACAAAUGCUGUUCCAAAGAUGUCUUCAAAGACAGUGCAGUUUGCUCAUGAGGAUAUGUGUGAAUUACUAUCCAAAUAUAGCAAAGAAGCCCUUGAUUUAAAGGUAGCACUCCAUGAACUUCUGGGACAUGGGUCCGGAAAACUCUUCAUACAGGAUGUCAAUACUAAAGAAUUUAAUUUUGACAAAGACAACUUGGUAAACCCUCUGACUGGGGAGAAGAUUGAGACAUGGUACAUGUCAAACGAGACUUGGAUGAGCAAGUUCAAGAAGCUACAUUCUGCAUAUGAAGAAUGUAGAGCAGACACAGUUGCAAUGUAUCUUUCUCACUUCAAAGAACCCUACAACAUUUUGUUCGAGGGGAGAGAAGAAGAGUGGGAAGACAUUGAGUAUGCCAUGUGGUACUCUGUCGUUAACAGAGGAUUCUUUGGACUCAUAUACUAUAACGACCAGACUGAUGAGUGGGGACAAGCCCACGUUAUUGGGAAUUAUGUCAUUAUGAAGGUUCUUUUUGAAGCUGAUGGUGUUGUUGAUGUUGAGCUGACUGAAAAAGAUGGAAAGGAAUAUUUUUAUGUCAACCUCAAUAGAGAUAAGUUUAGAACUGAAGGUCAUGAAGCUAUCAAGAAGUUUUUGAAUAAGUUACACAUCCUCAAAUGUGUGGGUGACUACGAUACAGCCAAAGAAUGGUUUGGAAACUACAUGAAGGUUGAUGAUUACUUUUUGAAACUUAGACAAAUUGCACUUGACAAUAAAGCCCCCAGAAGACUAGAACUAGAACAUAAUUUAGUGUUGAAUACAGAGGGAAAGGUUGAGUAUAAGAUGUAUGAAGAGAGUCAUGAAGGAAUAGUACAAAGCUUUGUAGAAAGAUUUAGUGACGUCUGUGACAUUCAAAUGUACGAGGCUUGGCUAGAAGAUCUUAAGUUCUGGUCUUCAUAGUUUUAAGGGAAGAAUAUUGGCCAAUAGAUAAAUCAAUAAUUUCC